AUGUCCGAGAUCAAAUCCGAGGACAAAAUCGCCGAUGCCUCCCACGUGGAGAAGCACGCGCCCGACAACAAGGAGCUGGUCGAGGAGGCUGUCCGCACCGGCAGCGUCCCCGUGGUCAAGAGCGAGGCCGAUGCCAUUGCCAAGGCCAAGAACGGCAGCUGGGAGGUCGACGCUCUGAUUCGCCAAUUGGAGGACGACCACAAGGCCGAGGGCUACACCAAGGGUGUCUUUGACCUCGAGUUCAAGAACCCCAAGCAUUUCACGUGGCUGCUGGUCACCUUCGCCUCCAUGGGCGGUCUGCUCUCGGGUCUCGACCAGUCCCUGAUCUCCGGCGCGAACCUUUUCCUGCCUGAGGAUCUCGGUCUCACCGACUCCCAGAACAGUUUGGUCAAUGCCGGCAUGCCGCUCGGUGCCGUCGCCGGUGCCCUGCUGCUGUCGCCCGCCAACGAAUGGUUCGGUCGUCGCUGGUCCAUCAUCAUCUCUUGCGUCUUCUACACCAUUGGUGGCGCGCUCUGCGCCGGCUCCAUCAACUUCGCCAUGAUCGUCGUCGCCCGUCUCUUGCUCGGCGUUGGUGUUGGUUUGGAGGGCGGCACCGUCCCCGUCUACGUCGCCGAGACGGUUGAGAGGAGACUCCGUGGAAACAUGGUCUCUCUGUAUCAGUUCAACAUUGCUCUGGGCGAGGUCUUGGGUUACGUCGUUGCGGCCAUCUUCUUGAAGGUUCCCGGCAACUGGCGCUACAUCCUUGGCUCCUCCCUGGUCUUCUCCACUAUUAUGCUUAUUGGAAUGCUCUUCAUGCCCGAGUCUCCCCGUUUCUACAUGCACAAGGGCGAGACGCUCAAGGCAUUCAAGGUCUGGAAGCGCAUCCGCGGCGUCGAGACGGCCGACUCGCGCGAGGAGUUCUUCGUCAUGAAGGCCUCGCAGGAGCAGGAGGACGCCGAGGUGGCGGCCGGUGCCAGCAACAGGCGCUUCCCCUGGCUCGACUUCAUCACCGUGCCCCGUGCCCGCCGCGCCAUCAUCUACGCCAACAUCAUGAUCUUCCUCGGCCAGUUUACCGGAAUCAAUGCCAUCAUGUACUACAUGUCGGUGCUCAUGAGCGACAUUGGCUUCGACAAGAUCCAGGCCAACUACAUGUCUCUCGUUGGCGGUGGUUCGCUCCUGCUCGGCACCAUCCCUGCUGUCCUGUACAUGGAGCGCUGCGGUCGCCGCUUCUGGGCCAUUGCUAUGCUUCCCGGCUUCUUCAUCGGUCUCAUCCUCUGCGGUGUGUCUGAGUACGGCGGCAGUAACGUCGCCCAGCAGGGUCUGUACCUUACUGGUAUCAUCGUCUACCAGGGCUUCUUCGGCUCCUACGCCACCCUCACAUGGGUGGUUCCUGCAGAAGUUUAUCCGACGUAUUUGAGGUCCUAUGGCAUGACUACAUCCGAUGGUUGGCUGUUCCUGUCAUCCUUCAUCGUCACCUAUAACUUCGACCGCAUGAAGAAGGCCAUGACACGUAUCGGUCUUACUCUCGGCUUCUACGGCGGCAUUGCCAUUCUCGGCUGGUUCUACCAGCUGUUCUUCAUGCCUGAGACCAAGGACAAGACCCUUGAGGAGAUUGAUCUCAUCUUCCAGAGGCCCACCCGCGAGAUCGUCGCCGAGAAUUGGGCUCAGGUCAAGGAAACGACGUCCGACCUGCUCGCUUUCAGGAUCAAGAAGGUCUUUACCUUCGAGAAGCAGAGGGAGAACAUUGGCGAUUCCCAGUAG